AUGGCCCCCAAAGCCCCCCUCAUCCCGAUGCCAGUCAUCCUCGAGGAGGAUGAGGAGUGGGAAGACGCAUCCUCCUCGGAUGAUAACAACACCGGGGACGACGAACAUCUCUCGCCCCCUCCGGGACUCCUCUUCCCUCAGGAGGCCGCCCGACAACCCCCACCGCCCACCCACGCGCCGCGCCUUCGCCUCAUGUACCACUCACAGACUUGGGACACCCAGAUCUACAUGCUGAAGGACGGCAAGGUCCUCAAGGAGCGCGCGUCCUACGCUAGGCUCUGUCAGGGGUACUUUGGCGCCGUCGAGAUGUACCAAAUGCUCCGCCACUGGUUCCGCCUGCUCCCCGAGCAACUCGAAGAUAUCCUCGGCAAGAACCACCCCUACAUCUCGCGCGUCGCGAUCGCCGCGGCGCCUCGCCAGCACAUGCUCAUCAGAAGCAGCGGAAGCUCCGACCAUCUCCCCGACCAGCUCGUCGAGCCCUUCCCCGAGAUGAAUGGCCGUCUCGUCAUGGAACGCGUACGGCCGAUCAAAGCCGCCGUCAUCCGCGUCAUCAUCGACAAGAUCAUCAACCCCACCUACCAGCGCAGGGCCAUCAUGAUUCCUGAGAACUAUAACCUCCACCCCAAGACCUGGCUCGGCUUCGAACAGCCGGCCGCCGUCAAGGAGAUGCUCCGAGAUCACCCUAACCUCUCGACGCGCCCUGCGUACCUCGACCAGCUCCUCAAGUUCAUCGGCCGCCCCGGCGUCCUCGAGCUCGCGCGGGAGAUGGGUACUGCGCUAGCAGUAAUCCACUACGACCUGAAGAAGGACGCGCGCAACAUCAAGUUCCGGAUCGGCUACAACCACACGCUUGACAAGGCCAAGCUCUGGGUGUGCGGCCUGGGCAGCAUGGCGGGCUUGAAGGUCAACGAGAAGCGGGACGGGUUCGUGGGAGAUCCAGCUGGCUAUGUCUAG